AUGGCGCCGUCAGCUGCAAUAUCCACAACCUCCACCAUUCUAGACGAGUCUGAUCAACAAAAAGUUCCAGAGGUAGCCAAGGGGCAAAUUGAGAUGUCCGAGAAAAAUGAGGACCCGGCGUCGCCUGCAGACACAGGCUCGAACGGAGUCACACUACUCAUGACGGUCGUGGCUUUGGCGCUAAGCAUGUUCCUCGUUUCACUUGACAUGACCAUCGUCGCAACGGCUAUCCCGAGUAUUACAAGCGAUUUCGGUGGCAUCGAGCUUGUGGGCUGGUACGGAUCGGCAUUUUUUAUCACUCUGGGAGGAUUCCAAGCUACCUGGGGCAAGACAUAUAAAUACUUUCCGCUCAAGUUUUCAUUUCUCUUCUCGAUCAUUCUCUUCGAGCUCGGGAGCUUGGUUUGUGGAAUCGCACCCAGUAGUCUGGCAUUAAUUGUCGGACGAGCGAUCACAGGCAUUGGAGGCGCCGGGAUUUCCUCUGGUGCAUUCACCAUCAUUGCUUUAUCUGCACCUCCAAAACAACGACCAGUGUACAUUGGAAUUCUGGGAGCCUCCUAUGGAGUCGCGGCUGCUAUCGGCCCUCUAAUCGGUGGCGCUUUUACUAGCAACGUUACAUGGCGAUGGUGCUUCUACAUCAACCUUCCCAUCGGUGGGGUUGCCGGAUUGAUCAUUCUCUUCUUCUACCGACCCCCUUCCCCAUCGCAUUUCCUUCAGGAGCCUUUGCGAGAGAAGCUUCUACAAUUGGACCUUCCUGGCACUGCACUUCUCAUCGGUGCCAUGAUUUGUUAUGUUUUUGCUCUUCAGUGGGGAGGAAUCACACGUCCCUGGAGUGACUCCGCUGUGGUAGGGACUUUGAUAGGGUUUGGGGUCCUAUUAAUCACCUACGCUGUCGUGCAGUGGGUGCAAAAGGAACGUGCAGCAAUGAUCGGUCGCCUUUUCAAAUGGAACGUGGUGAUCUCAAUGAUCUAUAUUGAUUUACUAGCGGGGACGUUCUUUUUGCUGGUCUACUAUUUGCCUGUUUAUUUCCAGGUUGUGUCCGGUGUCUCCGCAGCUGAAAGCGGAAUCCGGAACCUUCCGUUGAUUCUGGCGCAGAGUGUGGCCACUGUUUCGUCAGGGAUUGCCCUGAGUAAGGUGGCAUAUCCUCAACCUUUCCUUCUAGCUGGUGCAGCGCUCACGGCCAUUGGAUCCGGUUUGUUAUACACACUGAACAUCAAUUCCGGUGCCAGCAAAUGGAUUGGGUAUCAAAUAUUAGCCGGCCUCGGUAUUGGAUGGUGUUUCCAGGUACCGGUUGUGACUGCGCAGUCUGCAGUACCCCCAGAAGACUUGCCUUCUACAACAGCCAUGGUUUUAACUGUUCAAACUAUCGGAGGCUCGGUUUUCGUAUCUGCUGGCCAGUCUGUCCUCGAUAACGUACUUCUAAAAAUGCUACGCAAAUCCCCCGGCAUUGACGCCACAAAAGUGGUCAUGACUGGUGCGACUGACUUGCGCAAAACCUUUGAUUUGACACAGAUACCGGCAAUCCUAGGAGCAUACAUGAAGGGCAUUCAGGCAGCCUUUCUAAUUGCAAUUGUCGCAUCUAGUCUGGCCACCGUGGUUAGUCUGGGGAGUCGAUGGAGAAAACUUGCUAGUGCUAGUGCAACAGCGGCUGCAUAA